GGCAGCCGGGCGCCGCGCGCCUGUGUACCGACUCCGAGCUCCGCUCCGGCCGCAGCCUCCCGCACUCCAGUGUGACGAGACAAAGCGAUGACGAACUUUUGAAGAAUUAGAGUGAGGCAAGUGGAUCAGCGUCGACGCACUGGGAACCUGUACAGUUCCUGUUGGUCGGGCGCACUCGGGCGCAGCUGUGCGAGCCGCGGUCAUUGUCGGCGUGCAGCGACGGCCGACGGUCGUGCGGGACAUGCGCCGACGCACUGUGACACACACGCGCGCGCUCCACUACGCAUCCGUCCAAGUGCGAUAACCGACCUCCUCCGGCGUGCCAAGUUUCGAUUUCAUCGCCGCUCUCGCUUCGUAGUCGCACGUGCAGCGCUGUAGACGCCGCACAUCACGGACCCUCGCCGUGCGAGACGCCUCCACUGAUGUAACAUAUGCCCAACACACGAUUACUGACUGCAUAGACCGACCGUGCAUUCGAAAAAAAUAUUUUGACGUUUUCGUGACAUGCCGCGUAGACGUGCGACAGACGUGCGGAUAUAAAAUAAACAUCGUGUGAAAGUUGAAUAAUUAUUUAAAAGAAUUGAGUGCAGCUAAAGAAAUUGUGGUUCAGUUAGUGCAUCAUGACGUCCCGGUCAAAGGAAAAGGUGGCAGCUGCCUUUCGUAAGCUGUUCCGCUCUCCAGAGAAGCUGGACAAUGACGGUGCAGGGCCGAGUGGGUCCCCAGCGCGCCGUGGAUUGCUGCGACGACACAGGGAUGGUGUAAGUCCGGCAGAGGCGGCAGCUGCAAGUCUGCCAGCAAGUCCUACAGCAACAAGCCUUGUCAAGAAGAAGGCAGGCGGAGCCAAUGAGGUGCGCGAGCGCGCUGCUGCUGUGCGUACGCGCAGACUUAUGAAAGAAUUAAAAGAAAUCCAACGAAUACAGAACAGCAGGCCUGAUCCUGUAUUCACGGUGGAACUUGUAAACGACAAUCUAUUCGAAUGGCACGUCCGCCUGCAUCAGAUAGAUCCGGAGAGUGAGCUGUCCAGCGAUCUCCGCGAGCUUCACAUUCCACACAUACUAUUGCAUCUGAUAUUCCCUGAGAACUUCCCCUUCGCACCGCCCUUUAUGAGGGUCAUCGAACCUCGGAUAGAGAAGGGUUUCGUCAUGGAAGGUGGUGCAAUUUGUAUGGAACUGCUAACCCCGCGCGGCUGGGCUUCCGCGUACACGGUAGAGGCUGUGGUGAUGCAGUUCGCGGCGUCCGUAGUGAAAGGUCAGGGCAGAGUGGCGCGGGCGCCACCGAGACCCUCGUGCGAGUUCACACGCCGCCGCGCAGAAGAAGCAUUCCGCUCCGUCGUCAAAACCCAUGACAAAUACGGUUGGGUCACGCCGGCACUCUCCGAUGGUUGAGUCGCUAAGUUUGUGCCGUUCAACUGUAAUGCAGAAAGGAUCUCCUUUAGUUAUUUUUCAAGAACAAUUUUUAGUCGUAACUAGUGCAAAUUUUGAUAAUGCUCUGCUCUGUGUAAUUAGUUUAUAUCAUCUUGUCUAAGAUCAGUGGAGUGUUUUAUUGGAAACUCGAACAUAUAGAAAUUACAUUCAAUGUGUAAGUCUAGGAUGAAUGGGGGCGAUGCAAUUCAAUAUUCUAAAGUAAGUUUAUUAAUAAAUAACUAACUAUUGCCAUACAUGUGCAUGUUAUACUUGCAAGCACAAAUACUUCUUAUGAUAUUCUCUCAUUUUGGGAAACUAGUUCUCCAAAAAAUCGUCGACGUUAUUCUGUGGAAUAUAAACAGGGUUGGAUCUAACAACAAACAAUGGAAUGCAGACAUCGGACUGGAAGUUACUAAUGUUGGAUAUUGCAACCUCUAGAUGUAGAAACAUGGUCUCUUCAUGCAUUUUCCGUCUUUGUGAGUAACUUAUGUUGUGCCAAACUGGAACGCUCAUCGCCUACCUUGUAACGCUCAAUUUUUUCGAAUGUUCCCAUUUAAAAUUAACUAUUCGAUUCUUAAAUCUUAAUCUUGAAUACAAAUUAAUGAAAAUUAAAUAUUUUGCAGAUCAAUAAUAUUGAUGUUUUAAAGGAAAUGUUUCCGUCCCAAAGUCAUUUAAUCAUUUUGAUAAUAUUAGAGAUUGGUAGUUUUUAAAAUCCACCAAAACAAUUCUAAAAUAAAGUAGUUUGUCAUUUCAUGUUUGAUCUAUUCUUUGUAAUGACCUACACAAUCCAGAAAGAUAUAAGUGUACUUUUAUGUAAUACCUAAUGCAACAGUGUAGGCCUGUAGGCUCUGCAUGCUUUGUGUGAGUCUGUGGUAGCAACACUGCAGCUAUUUCAUGAGUAGUGAAAUGCUCAAAUUAGUUAUAAUUUUAAAUUGUGAAAUGAAAGGCUUGUGGUAAAUUAAUGUAAUUAGGAGAAAAUAGAAAAUUGAUGUUGUUAAUUUGUGUGGUGAACCAAAGAUGUUUUAUUUUUAUGUGAACUUCAUUCAGCGCAAAUAUGUGUAAAUUAUACUUUGACUAUAUGUACAAUGUUAUAGGUGUAAUAAUAAAUACCUGCUCAAAUGA